CGGCGUUUCCUGUCUGACGAGAGUGACUCCGGAGUCCGGCCUUUGCUGGCUUCGCCAUAUUAUUGUCGUGUCUGCGAAGAUACGCAUCUACAAGUUUGUGAAGAAGCAUCUUGAUCUUUAUACGACACAAAUUCACCAUUUGAGAGACAUCGGCGAUGAGCGAUAUCGAGAGAAGUGGUAGUCGUAGUGCAAGUCCGCGCCGACCACGAACUGCAGACGGUGGCUUAAGAGAUUCACGAUCACACUCGAGAUCGCGUAAAUCACGCGAGCGGAAGGACAGAGAGGUCAAAUAUUCGAGGUCCCGUAGUCGCUCUGCAUCACGUGGACGAAAGUCGUAUCGUGGCAGCAAGUACACCAGUGUUGGUCAUCGUAGCAGCCGCAGUCGAAGUCGCUCACCAUACCGCGGUGGUCGUUAUUCUCGCAGUAGAUCUCGCUCAUACUCACGAUCGCGAUACUCUCGCGAUCGACACGUGUAUCGUUCACACUCGCGCAGCCCAAUGUCAUCUAGACGACGACACAUCGGCAAUCGAGACAAUCCUUGUCCUUCCCGUUGCCUAGGUGUUUUUGGACUCUCCAUUUUUACUACCGAACAGCAAAUUCAACAUAUAUUCUCAAAAUAUGGUCCAGUAGAACGAGUACAGGUCGUUAUUGAUGCAAAGACUGGACGUUCUAGAGGAUUCUGCUUUGUAUAUUUUGAUACAUCUGAAGAUGCUAAAGUGGCUAAAGAGCAAUGUACCGGUAUGGAAAUCGACGGGAGGCGAAUUCGCGUAGACUUCUCUAUCACGCAACGUGCCCACACCCCCACUCCAGGAAUAUACAUGGGAAAACCUACGCAUCUGCACGACAGAAGUUGGGACGCACCGAGGCGUAGAGAGGUUAGCUACAGAGGAAGCUAUCGUCGCUCACCCAGCCCAUACUACAGUCGCCGACGUUCACGUUACGACCGUUCUAGAUCGCGUUCUUAUUCACCGCGUCGAUAUUAAAUCAGAUGAAGUGAUGCGAAGCCAGGCCUUUCGGAGAUGACCCAAAUAUUUCUUCAACGGGUCAAAAUUAUGAAAUUAACGAAAUCGCAUUAUAUUACUAUUCUUACCUUACCCAGUUCUGCAUCGUAUGCGAUCUCACAGGCGUUUAAAUUACAAUACCAUAAUAAUAUCAUUAAGACUAUGGAUUAAAAAAAGUAUAAAAUGUAGCCGAAUUUAGCAUACUGCACGAAAACCAGUAAGGUUAGAAUAGAUGUAAAACCUUAUUUUCAUAAGUUUAUAAAUUUAUAUUGCUUCCUUUUAUGAAGAUAAGGUUUCAAUUGUGUAAAGCCUAUAAUGUGAAAGCUGGAAUAUAAUUGAGCGCUCGAAAUUUGCAAUCAGUCUUUAGCUUACAGUUGUAUUCCAGCCGUUGGAUAGAAUCUUUUAAAAAAAUGUGGAAAGUUUCUUAAAAAAAAUAAAGUAAACCUAAAUAAAGAAAGCAAGAAAACGAAAACAAAAAAGAAAAAUAAUAAGUUUCGAAUAAAAGUAAGUUCUCUAACCUGUUUGUUUGUUUAUAAGGUUUUGAAUCAAGAGGUAUUGGAUGAUAGAGGGAAGUUUGAAGUUUCACUCUCAAAAAAUGAGUUUUGAAAAGUCAAGACAAGAUAUUUGAAGAACACGUUUAUCUUGCUCACAUUGUCAAGAGUCAGAAGGUUUUGUCGGUUGCUUGUGACAAAGAAUAUGAUCUGCAAUUCAUUUCCGGCUGAGAAGCCUCAAGCCUAGAAGAAAACUUCAAGUAAUGCAAGCCCGAAGACAGAAUCGAGUUGAUCGUCAAACCCCCGACCGGGACACAGGUUAUUUGGUUGGGGGUGAAAACAGGGCCGAAAGUGUUUCCGAAAAUAUUGAAGAAGUUCAUCGAAAAUCUUUCGUAGAAUAGGGACGAGCGUAAGGUGCUCCCAGACCUUUAUACCGAUCAUAUUCUUUAUCAGUUGGUUUGGUUGCCACACGCCAUUUUAUUCGCUCUAGAGAGAACUGCAUAUAUAUAAUAUGCUUAUAUGCAAAAACCUCUAUAUAUGCAUGCGUGAAAAUAAAGAUAAAAGUUCGCAUACUUCCUUUAUGACAUCCUCUCCCUCCACCAUCCUGAGACCUCGGUUUCCUUCAAGAAGACCUCAUUAUUAUGAAUUUUACCUAUCUACUGAUAAUUAAUAGAACUUCAUCGUAGCAAUUUAUCAAUAAAUGUUGUUUCUGCCACGCUCAACUUUGGUCCCUCUCUUUUUUGUGGUUUUUUUUACAUUGCGAAGUUUGGUGCGUAAUACGCGAGUCGCUUUUUACUUUAGGGUAAAAGUAAUGUUGCGGAUCGAUUGAUCCUUUCCAAUACCCUGCGUGUUAUUAUUGCCUUUGCAAACUUUUAGGUCUUAAAUUUGUAGUAUGUAAUAGAAGUAUAUUUGUCGGGACUUUAUCUGAAAUUUAAUGCUAAUAAAAGCUUCCAGCAAAGAA